AUGUUCUCCAAGGCCCUCGGACUUUUCGCUGCUCUCAGCGCCGUUGCAACUGCCCUCCCCGCUGUGCACAACCUCAACAACGUGCGCCACCAUGCGCACUCCAUGCACCGCCAUUUGAUGGCCCGCCAGGAGAGCACCAACAUCACCAGCGACGGCGUCCAGAUCGUCAACAACAUGGAAAAGACCGUCUACCUCUGGUCCGUGUCCGACGUCUCCAGCGACAUGUACACCCUCAACAGCGGCGAGACCUACUCUGAGAACUGGCGCACCAACCCCAACGGCGGCGGAAUCUCCAUCAAGAUCUCCUUCAGCCCCGAGCAGACCAACGUUCUGCAGUACGAGUACACCUACGAGAACCCCACCAUCUGGUGGGAUCUCUCCUGCAUCAACAUGGGUGACAACUCCGAUUUCACCACCAUGGGCUUCGCCGUUAGCUCUACUGACUCUACCUGCGAGUCUGCUACUUGCGCUGCUGGCGACGUUGCCUGUGCUGCUGCCUACUUGCUUCCCGACGACAACUGGGCUACCCACUCGUGCGAGAGCAGUGAUCUGCUCAAGCUCGACCUCGGAUCUUCUAUCCUUUAA